AUGACUGUUUCAAGCACGCCAAAGAGGCCCUCCUUGGAGCCCGCCAUUCCAAACCAUCUCAAAGUCAAUCGCACGCAACCGCUUCAUCAUCCUCGUUGCUUCAGAGGCCCUCAACAAGCAUCCCACUCCGCCCGCUUCCCCAAAGAAACCACCGCCAUCGUCACAAUUGACCUCGGCGUUCAACAUCUUCCGUCUACCGACCCCGCAGACGCGAUCGACACAAUCCGCCAAGCCAUCCACACCAAAUCAGGGCCUCACCACCACAUUCGAUCGAGCUUCACAGACUCCUCUGGCUAUCGCAACAUAGCCUUCACUCUGUACUGGAAAGAUGUCGCGUCCUAUCGAGAGUGGGAAGCUGCACUGCCUCCAGAUUGGUGGUACCGAGGGCUAUGUGCUGCUUCCGACAUCGGAGUAUUUAGAGAGCUGUAUACAGUCCCGAUUACUGAUACGGAGACUACAUUUGCUCUACCGAAUCCAGAGGGCUACUCAGUCAUCGCAGAGUCAAUGAGUGGCGAGACUGAUACCCAUGAGUAUUGGGGAUCGGCAAGAGACCGUAUUCCGAGGUCGCAGACGGAUACUCUUGAACAUGAUGGCUGGCCAUCACUCAAAAAAGGCGACUUUUCGCCCGACCCUCAUGGGAAACUUAUGUCUGUUGAGCCUCACGAAAACCUUUGUCUUAUCCGCUCCGGCCAAGUCUGGGAGAACAGUACACCAGCAGAGAUCAAGUCAUACAACACCGAGAUCAAACCAACUCUUGACACUGGUAUGGAGGAGCUCACCAAGAACAGCCAACACUUCGGUUGCUUCUCCAACAGAUAUAUGCGCAUUGAAGAUGACGAUGGCAAUCCAGUUGGCAAGACAUGGAGCAUUAGUAUGUGGGAGUCACUUGAGCGUUUAGAGAAAUGGUCCCUUACGCCCAAGCACAAGGAGAUCUUUGGUACACAGAUCAAUCACUUCAACCGGAUGGAGAGGGAGGGCGAGAAGGCGAAUCUGAAUCUUUGGCAUGAGCUCAUGGUGUUGAGGAAGAAGGAUCAGUCAUUUAUGUAUUUCAACUGCCAUAGAAAAACCGGCAUAUUAACAUCGGUUUACCGCUAG